AUGGCGAUGCCGUCGGCCAAGAGUUUCCGGAUUGGCACCCUGAACGUGGAAUUCAACGCCGUAACCUCCAUGCUGGACGACGUAUUCGGCCAAGACGUACGCUUCAGAAAAAGCAUCUUGACGUGCGGUCGCAUAAGUGCUCACAAUGUCGUCGUUGUGCCUCUGCCGUCGGGAUCAACCGGUACCAUGUCGGCUUCCACAGAGCUCAACCAAAUGAAGAGCAAGUUCUCCAGCAUCAAGUUUGACGCAUUAAUGGUUGGAAUUGGCGGCGGCGCGCCUGGCACGAAACGUGACGUUGGACUUGGCGACACUGCCGUCAGCGAGCCUGACGCCAGGUUCGGCGGCGUGGUGCAAUAUGAUUUUGGAAAAAUUAUCCACCACGGACAGUUUGUGCUACACGGCGGCACCUUGAACAAGCCCCCGAGAGCUCUGUUGAGCGCCAUGCUUAGACUGAAGGCGAAAGAAGCAAAUGGCGAAUCCGGCCUCAUGGAGCAUGUCAAGGCCAUAAUGUGA